AUGCUUCCCAAAAUAAACACCGGUCCUAAGAUCUAUACCACUCCUCCUCCUCCUGCCCCUCUUGCUCUUUCACUAAGCCUUGCGCCAGUUAUAGUCGACCUUGCCAUCUUCCACGCUUUCAUGACUACUCGCAUGCUAUUACUAAGUGCCUUAAGAGCUCUUUGCUUCAGUGGUGCUAACAUCACCGACUUCAUCGAAAAGUACAAGGAGACUUAUAAAGACUUUAACUCAAUCGCUUUCUUGCGGGAAUUUGCUAUGCAAGAACGGGAUGUCAAUGACUUGAAAAACUAUUAUCGCACUUUCUCUCGGGUUUCCGAAAGACUUACUUUAAUGCACCUCUUAAGCAAAACCGAACAAAGCCGCUUGUUCUUUCUCGGAUUGCUCGUCGGAAUCCGAAACAAAACGAUCAAGCAUUAUAAAGUCGACGAACUCGACUUAGACUUUUAUGCCGCUUUCGACGACUUCGUCGCAUUCGCUUUUAAAACCGACUAA